CUGAGGAGGAAGGAAGGACCCCAGGGCUGGUGGACGGUGAAGAAGUAACUGUAAUGUCUUCCCAGCCCUGUCACGGUCACCUGUCAGUCUCUUGCUGUAACUGGUUACUAGGGGAGAUAGUGAGUGACAUCCGCAUAUAUUACUGUACCUGAGUGCCCUCCAAUAACCACCAUGGCUGGCUUUGAACCACCGAGUGUGAGUGACAAACAGCCACAUUUGACAACCAAAAGUGCAGGAAAUGGAAAAAGACCUGACUAUAUGGUCUUAUUAUACAUUCCUAACAUAGUUGGAUACAUACGACUGUUCCUUCUCCUCCUGGCCUUCAUGUACUUGCGAGUCUCUCCCACCUUAUUCGUCGUCUUCUACUCCAUGUCUAUUACAUUGGAUGGUUUUGACGGGUACAUAGCACGCAAACUAGGGCAGUGCUCACUCUUUGGAGCUUGGUUUGAUGUUGUACUCGACAACCUGAGUCGAGGUCUCCUGUGGAUCAACAUACACCCUAUACUAUACUUGGUUUCAGCGGUGGAGUGGACGGCAUUUGUGUGUAACCAUUCUUUGGGUGCUGAGUGGCGCAAGGCUCUAACUGCUCGGGAGAACUGUGGAGUACCUCCUCUUUCUAGUCACAAAAAAUAUGGAAUACUUUCGUCAUUAAUUUCCUGCAUGUUUACCAAUAAUUUCCGGAACCCCUGGGGUGUGUGGGCUAUUGCUGGUCUGCACGUGCUGCCAGUGUGGCUCAUCAGUCUUCAGAAUGGCAUAUUUGGGACCUACCUGUGGUUCCUCCCCCAGUUUGUGCCGCUGUUGGCAACAGCCGAAAUCCUGCUGCUUGCUGGGAGUUUUGGCAACGGCCAGCAAAACCGGCAACAUGUUUGGAGGAAAGUGCCCAGUGUGCCGCCACCUUAAGUUUGUGAACCUUCAAAUUACCAUAACUUUGGAACCAGUGAAGAUAUUAAAGUGAUUUAAGUGGCAGAUUAUUGUAGCACUGUCAGUACAGUUUUAAGUAAUACUAGUGAGAGCUGGUCCUACUUUAGUUCUGUGUUCUUCAUAUACAGUAUAUUUAUAUGUUUAAGGUAAAUAACAAUUUGUGAUGAGUUUAUUUCAAGUGACAUAACUUACAAAUAUUUUCAAUCCAGAAUAUGUGUGUGAAUCUUAAGAUAUUUUUUAUAAGGUAGUAAUAGGUUGUUGGUGAGUGACCUGGAAGACAGUUCAACAGACUGAGCACCGUGACAGUGCAGUACCCACUCGAGUUAUAGGCUGUGAUAGUUCUGCAGCAGGAAGUACCAUUCAUGUGAGUAAUGAAAUUAUUGUAAGGUAGUUUCCUAUCCAAAUGCAUUAAGAGCCUUAGGAAUUCAAUUAUUCAGUGUUUGUCUGUAAUGACCAGUGAAUUGUAGGGGACCAGCCAGAAGCUGAAAGAGAUCAUGCAGUCUGAAAGACUGCCGUCUGGUAAACACAGCUGAUCCACGCAAGUGUGGAAAAUGGCUGUAAAAUGGUGAUGCUGAAUGAGCCCUUACACCGUGACCCUCCCCCCCCCCCUCUCGACACACACACACACACACACACACACCAUAAUGAAGAGGCUAUUUGACCCAGUCUGUUAUGUGGAACCAUUCUUUACGAUCCUCAGUAAAAGGCUUCAAUGGUCAUUGGGUGAAUUAUUUAUUGUUAAUACACUGUAGUACAUUUUUACUGUACCCCCCUUAUUUAUAAGUUAGUUACGCAGGCACGAUAAUACUUAAAAAAUCAGCAUAAAAAUGUUUGGAGUUUGAGAGAUACAUUGUACAGCGAUCAUGUGGAUAAUGGUGUGUAAUGAUAAUGAGAAAAGAAGGGUUGAUUUACUUUCCUAAAUAUAUUUCUUUCAAUUUAAUCCGACAGAAAACGUUGAUAAUUGGUGAUCUAUUGCAAUAAUGUCACUCCGAAAAUUGUCAUACGUCCAUAACUCAUAAUACCAGAAUAAAUGUUUGUCUUUGCAGAGUCAGUAGUAAGCCUUGUACAGUACCUGUGUCUUUGGUACCGCUACAGUACCUACAGUGAAACCUCUAUUUAAUGGAAUAUAAGGUCCGUUAUAUCGAGGGUCUGUUUGAUGUUAAACCCCCAUCUAACAGAUUAUUUGAAGAGAUAAGUCUAUUAUAUGGAGGUAUCACUGUAGUUUGUCAAAAAGAAAAAAUAUUAUGGGCAGCACCCGUGUUUACAUCAGUUGUGUUAUUCACAUUAAUAGUAAUUCUUGCUGCCGGAGUGUUGUACUGUACUGUGAUGAUGAUGGGUGAUGUGCUGGGACAUACAGUGUGUUGGACAGUCUCACAUUUCCCUCAUCUCAGCCAUAAUUUGGAAUUAAUUUUUCUUUUCUUUCUCAGAAAGUACAGUACAGUUAAAUCACUUCAUCAUUACAUAAUAUAUUCCUUUGAAAAAUAAACUCUUUUUAUAUACAGGGGGCCCCCCCCCCCCAAGUUCACGGAUUUUUACUUCGCGGUUCUCGGUUAUUCGCGGAUGACACCCUGGAUGUACCCAAGAAUGUCUGUGGGUGGUUUUAAAGUUGCUGUCAUUUUCGCAGCUAGGACUGGGAGCCAUUCGUUCUAGAGACAGUAAUUUCCUUUACCUGUAUUGUACGUAUAUAUGUGUGUGUGUGUAGGUGUGUGUGUAGGUGUAGACACAUACACCCACAC